AUGACCGACAAUCCGAACGAAGCAGUUGACCGAACUUCAAAGGAAUCUAUUCCCCUCAUAGCCGAGGCUGAAGCAAUCACGAUUUACAAACCCCCCAGGCCCGAGGAUAGGGCUCAACUCCUUGAAUCGGGGGAUUCCGCCAGAAGAGUUCGGGGAAAAGGCACGAACAAUGACGGCGGAAAGGAAGACAAGAAGUAA